CCCUCUCCUGGCCCCGUACCUUUCCCCAGGCAAGUCCUGCUGCACAGCUUCUUGUCACUGCUCUGUGUGGGCUGAGGACACUUUUCCUUUUCUCUUAAUUUCCUGUCUUUCAUAGGAAGGGACCCUUUCAAGCAGCCCCUUCCAAGGUGUUUUUCCUGCCUCCAGGCCCUUGCUGCAGUAACCGGGUCUGGAAUGUCCUCCUUGCUUCUUAGCAGCCAGAUCCUGCCCCACGCUUCCUUGAAGACCCCCUCAGAAGCUCUACCCUUAGAAUACUUCAGAGCCCUCCCUUCCCCACAACUCCACCUUCUGCUCUAAGGGCUGUCUCCGUUUGUAUUUGACAGAUAAAUUCAGCCUUCAGGUGAUAGACUCCACUUUUUAUGCCCCACUCAAGAGGGGAGGUCUUUUCCAUCCAGAACCGAACUUCUGCUUCUCUAUUUCCCACCGUUGGAAACACAAUACCUGGCUCACGAAAAGAAUCAGCAAAUUCUGUGGUUGAUACCUGAUUUCACCUCUUAUUUUACAAAUAUCAAUUUCAACCCUACACACCCCUCCCACAUCCCUCUGGCUCUGAGGCGCCCUGACUCCCCGCACCUUAAGCCUGUGCACCCCGCUCCCCAGGGCCACGCAGCUGGCCAGAGGGAGACUCCAUGCAUUGGUUUUUCCACACCCUAUUGACUCAAGCUGUCUUCUCUCCGAAGGGGUCAACUAGUGGUGAAGUUCAGAGCCUUGUGGUCUGGGGGUGGUUUUGUGCUCAAGAGGGAAAUGGGGACGGCGGGGAGAAGCCGUGGGGAGAGCCUUGCGUGUGUCCCUCGACCUUUGCUCUUUCCGGGAUGGCGGCGGGUCCUGAAGCAGAGAGAAGGCGGUCCCCAAGAGUUGCUGCUGCGGCGGCAGCACUCCGGAAUCCUAAGGCGCCUGGAGCUGGCGGGCGGGGCGCGCUGCAGGGGUUGGAGACGUCUGAGACUGGAGAGCGCGCUCUCCCCCCACCCCCACUCCCAGGGAGCCUGUGCGGGAAGCACAAUUGUGAAUGCGUGGUUCGCUACACGAGUGGCAGUUCCCAGCCAGACUGAGCGCCCCCGUCCUGCACGCAACGCAGCUACCCUUUCUCCCAAAUUACUCCCAGUCCGCCUCUCGCAGCCACCCUAGCUCGCUUUGGUCCAGUUCGGCUUUCAUGGGGUACCAUUUCUUCCCACCUGGACCUCUGGGGACAACGCCCAGUCUUCCCCGACGGUCCCGAGGUCCGGCCAGUUUUUAAGGAGUCUAGGGCACAGACUCAGAUGGGAGCAGAGGGCGGGGAGAGAAGACUGUGACUUUUGGAUUGGCCCGAUAGGGUGCAUGUGGCCCACAACGAACAGCCCCCGCCACCUCCCGCAGCCGCCGCUGUAGCCCCAGGGGAGCGCGGAGGAGGAACUGCUCCCGCAGAUCUAGGCCCGCGAAGGUGUGGGGGUCAGAGUUGGUCUCCGCCGCCCGUCCUUUUCUGACUUGACGGCUCAGCCCGCUUCCAGGGCAGCCAUUGCCAUGGAGACCCCCGAGGCUGUAAAGUCAGGUAUCCAGGUGGGUGGCGGCUCCCGCGCCGCUGAGCCCCUCAAGUAAGGAGCAAGCGCCCUGGCGUGGCCCGGCCCCCGCGAGAGGAGAGGAGGCGGAGGAGCGGCGUUAGCAGCUCGAGGAGCAGUGCGCCCCGCCAGGGCUAGAGGCAGGCGCGCGAGGCUGGCGCCACCGUCUCAGCAGGGGAGCGGGGGCUGCCUCGGGUGCGGGUGAGUGGCGCGGCUGAAGGCCACGAGGGACUGAGGGACACGGGGGAGGCAGCGGGAGUGUCAGAAGCGGGCCGAGUUUUGGCUCCGGCCGUCUCGUGGUGGGCCAGGCACGGAGCGCGGAGGAGCGAGCAACCUACACCUCCAGGCAGGCGGGAAGCCCAGGGAAGGAGAAGCGAGACGCCAGGCGUGGGGCCCAGUUGCGGCAGGACAGCGGGAGCCGCGGGGGCACCGGAGUGUAAAACUCAGGACCCUCGGCCGCAACCACCCACGCAGGCAGGGAGCCAAGCCAGAGACCCAGCGGAGGCCAGAAGCCGGCGGGGCACGGGAACAGGGGCGCCCCCGUGCGGUGCUGCCGGGCCGCCUAGGGGCGGCGGCCGGUGCCAUGCUCAAGCCCAAGGACCUGUGCCCCAGAGCGGGUACCCGCACCUUCCUGGAGGCCAUGCAGGCGGGCAAAGUGCACCUGGCCCGCUUCGUGCUGGAUGCGCUAGACCGAAGCAUCAUCGACUGCCGCGCGGAACAGGGCCGCACGCCACUCAUGGUGGCCGUGGGGCUUCCGGACCCCGCGCUGCGCGCGCGCUUCGUUCGACUACUGCUGGAGCAGGGUGCGGCCGUGAACCUGAAGGACGAGCGCGGCCGCACGGCGCUCAGCUUGGCAUGCGAGCGUGGCCACCUGGACGCCGUGCAGCUGCUGGUGCAGUUCAGCGGCGACCCCGAGGCAGCUGACUCGGCUGGCAAUAGCCCCGUGAUGUGGGCAGCGGCGUGCGGCCACGGGGCAGUGCUGGAGUUCCUAGUGCGCUCUUUCCGCCGCCUCGGCCUGCGCCUCGACCGCACCAACCGUGCCGGCCAUACAGCGCUGCAGCUGGCUGCCGCCCGCGGUCAUGGAACCUGCGUGCAGGCCCUCACCGGGCCCUGGGGCCGCGCAGCCGCCGCCGCCGCUGCGGCCGCGGCCCGGGGCUCCAACUCCGACAGCCCCCCUGGCCGUCCGGCUCCGGCGCCCAGCCCGGAACGCCGACGACCCAGUCCCCGGCGCCUACAGCGGCCUCUCCUGGCGCGCUUUGCGCGAGCGGCCGGCGGCCAUGGUCAUGGAGGCGAGGCUGGCUCAGGGGGCAAGAGCUCGGGCCGGCACCGGGCGCAGGGAAGCGAGCGGCCCGAGUUGGGCCGGAGCAUGAGUCUGGCUCUGGGUGCUGUGACCGAAGAAGAGACGGCUCGACUGCGGGCGGGAGUCCUGAUGGCCCGACCACACUCGCCCCAGUCUUCGGGGACCGGGCGGUGGCAUUCGCAUGAAGUGCUGGAGGGAGCGCCCCCAACUUUAGCGCAAGCCCCCAUUGGCCUUAGCCCCCACCCCGAGGGCGGCCCCGGCUCCUCCGGCCGCUUGGGUUUGCGCCGACGCUCCACAGCUCCAGACAUCCCCAGCCUGGUCGGGGAGGCACCAGGGCCCGAGAGCGGCCCGGAGUUAGAGGCCAACGCUGUGCCGCACUCGAUGCCUGGACCCCAGGCGUGGCAGGCAGGCACGGAGGCCGUGGUGUUGCACGCUCAACAGUAAACAGCGUCGAGGACCAGCCCUGUUCCCUGCACCUGCCUGCCUCUGCUCCACGUCCUCACUUUCCUGGCAGUUUCCCUCCCAUCUGUGAUCCCAGCACCUGUCCCCACUGCCAAGAUAAGUGGCCUUCUCUCUGAAAGGGACCCCUAUUAUUUCUUUUUUGUGCUUGUUGGUAUUUUUGGUAUUCCCUGCCUAAGUCUCACUUUCUCCGCAGCCUGUCUUUCCUGUCCUGGAAGGGGAGGAGUAGAAGACUGGUUCCAUGGGCUACAGCCUUCCAGGAAGGUGGACCCCCUUCCCUGCACCCUGAGGCUCAGUCCUGAGUCUGGCUGGCUCUUGCUUGGUCUCCUUCCCCUCCUUUGGUGGGGGGCCAGGUUUCCCCACACCAAAGCAGCGAGUAUGCAGCAGAAGAGUGGACCUGUACAACCAGGGUCUAGUCCUCUCCCUCCCGGUGAUGCUGACAAUAAUGCCAUACUCGACCUAAGGCCCCUUCCCCUUAAGUGUUGGAGACAGGGAGCAUGGAGAUGGGCCUCAGAGACUUUUGGGUAAGAGGGCUGAUUAGGAAGGAAUCUUCUAGAGGUUAAGUUUUUCUAGGGAGGAUCUCCUGCUUCAAGACAAUGAAAGCCUGUUUUGCAAGUGACAGAACCUCUGGUGUUGAAUGCUAAUUGUCCUUUGAACCAGCUUUUGGGAAUUCCAGUCCCCUCUUUCUCUUCCCCAGGCCCACCCAGAAUUCAACCUCAUUGACAGUGUGGCCCCUGCCAACGCCACCCCCAGGCUCAGCUGCAUUUGAGUUCCAUCUUUGGGGUCUCAUCCCUCGUGGCCCAGCCUUAUUUCCUCUCACUCUAAGAGGCCUGAAAUGGAAAGCACUUCUCCCACCCCCACCUCCUCCCAGCUCCCCCAUCCCACACGUGGGUGCUCCUGCAGGGUGGAACUGUUGCGAAGGCAUUUUGCUUCAUUGUGUUUCUCCCAAUCCUCAAAGAACCCGUGUUUUGAGUCUUUGUAUAUGAAGCAGAAAGCAGCAGGUCUGAUCUGAGGCUUAAGAACCUGACAAUGUCUCUUUAAAUAGAAGCUCCGCGAGGGGGAUAAUUGACUGAAGUGUUUGCCACGUUAAACGACGGCGCGCGGGAGUCAGAAGCCCACACGAGCUGCAGGUCCGGGUUUAAAUUACAUCAAACUCCAGCGAGAGCUGGGAGGGGGCUGUUAAACGGCUCCUGCUUCUUGCUGGGCCGUUAAUGGAGGGCAGAGCGGAUGAUGGAUGCAAGGGGUCGAGACCAAGGACCCCUGCCUCUGCCCCAACGCGUGGGACGCAGGUCCGGCCCCCGCUUCAUUACUGGGCAGAUUAGUGAGUCAGAGGCAACCGCAGAGAGGUGGUAAAAGGCCCUUUCCCGGCCUGGCCUUCGUUCCCUCCCUCCCCGCCCCCUUCUUUGUGCCGGCCUAGCCAGGGGGGAACUAAGAGGGCCUGGCGAAUCUCACGCCCCCAGGCCGUGCGGAAGUACUAGCACGCGUCUGUGCACCCAGCCCGCCAGGCGGCGGCGCGUGGAGCUCUUUCUGUGAACCCCGAAGGUUGAGUGUGCACCCACUUACUCACCGGCGGAGGGGUCUUUUCAAGACGUCCAUCUGUUCGUCUUUGCAGAACGAAAGGUUUCUCACCAGUAGCUCUAAGGGAACUGCCAAGAGGGAGAAUGACCUGUGCUGGGAAGUCAGGUCUCGGGGUGACGGGUGGCUGAUCAGGAGUGGGCCCUGCGGAGGUAGGUAUCAGACGACUCCCUAACCCGCCCACCCUUCCAGGCCCGAGGCCGC